AUGUCCGACACGAAGAAGACGACGAAGGAAGAUCUCGACCAGAAGAGGGACGUUCCGUUCUCUCGCCCUGCCACCCCCGCUCUGCGCCAGGCUCAGACCGCGGUUGUUGGUCUCGGCGAGAUGGGUAGGCGCAUUGCCACCAACCUCGCGCGCACGCUGCAGGAGCAGGGGCACCCUCCUCUUUUGGUCUGGAACCGCUCUUCCGACAAGUUCGACGAGUUCAAGGAGUAUGCGAAGGGCAAGGGGGUCAGCGAGGACGCCUACAACAUCUGUCCUAAGCUUGAUGACCUCGUAAGACGAUCGAACUUGAUCCUCACUUCGCUCGCUGGCGAGGAGGCUGCAAAGGAGGUCUACGACAGGAUGUUCUCGGUGCAGGCUGACCACCUCCCGGAGCGUCAGUCCGAGGCCGACCCCGCUCUCCGCGGCACCAUCUUCGUUGAGACGUCCACCAUUUACCCCACGGCCGCUGGUAAGAUUGAGCGGGAAUGCGCGAAGGGCGCUCUCCGCUCGUACCUUGCGGCUCCCAUCUUCGGUGUGCCCCGCCAGGCCGCCAAGGCGGACAUCACGAUGGCCAUGGCCGGCGACUAUUACGCCAAGAAGAUCGCGGCUCACGUGCUCUGCCCCUCCAUCUGCAAGAAGGUAAUGGACCUCGGCUCCAACCCUGAGCGCGCUAUGAGCUUUAAGUUGACCGGAAACGCGCUUGAGCUCGGCUUCAUCGAGCUGAUCUCGGAGUGCUUCACGCUGGCGGACCAGACCGGUGUUGGCUCCGAGAAUCUCCUCGAGCUGAUCCGCAACCAGCACAACUCGCCUGCGCUUGUCCGCUACUCGGAGCGCAUCACCCAGAAUAAGUUCGACGCCACCGGAGGCUUCACCAUUGACGGCGGCCUCGCCGACAGUCAGAACAUCCGCCACCUGGCCGACCACAACAACGUCCCCAUGCCCGUCAUUGAUGUCGCCCAUGGCCACCUCAUCACCGCCCGCGCCCAGGGUAACGGCCAGAUGGACUGGACGGCACUUGUCGGCGGAGAGCGCAUUGCUGCAGGCCUCCAGCCCUUUGCCGGCAAGACCCACCUGGAGCCGUGGACUGAGGACGAGGAGUCGUAG